AUGACUCUGUGCCGGAUAAUUACAUUCAGGAUGGUUUCACCAUCUCUGAGACUGAUGAGGAAACUCCAGCUCCUUGGUACCCUUGGUCCCCACAGAACCCUGAUGAUCACUAGUCGGAUGCUGAGAAUGAGGAGGAGGAUGAUAAUCAAUCGGAGGAUUUGGAUCAGGAUGACAGUGACCCUUAUGAUGAAGAUGAUUCCUCCUCCGGGGGGUGUAACGGCUGAUUAUUCACGGCGUGCAGCUCCUGCUGCUGGGGAAGACACAGAUUCUUCCUUUUCUGCUGACCCAGAUUUUAUCAUUCCGCAUAUAUCUGAUUAUCCCCCUUAUCGAGACAUCUCCCCGGAUUUUGGUUUUUCGGGUUUUCAACGUAGUGAUGAUUUUAAUGUUGCAAUCGAUGAUGAAAUUACUAGUAAUUAUGUUUUUGUGCCUUCUGGAGUUGGGCUGUUGCCAAGAUUUAGCACUAGGUCCUCUGCUGGGGGUGGAGAACUACUACAAGGUAGAAGAAUCCCUGUUAACCCUAAGGGGCGAGCACAUUUUAAGAAGAAAGGCUUCUGUGGCAGUUCCUUCUCUGAUUCGGCUCCACAAUCUUUGUUGGAUGCAAGCUCCCAGUCUAACAGUGACCUUGACGAAUUUUUCAUGCAAGCUCGGAUGGCGGUUUUUGAAUCAGACCUACCAGAUUCCAGACACAACACUCAGCACAGCUCCCCCACCCAACCUGCUUCUCAUGGAUGGUGCAUGAAGAUUGUAGAUGAGGAUUUUGAUGACUCUGUGGAUUCUGACACCUCAUUCAACUCCUCAGAUAGAAGGAAAAGACACUCGGAAGAUUCUCUUCUUGAUCUAGACCGCCCAGAGAAGCGAAGGUCCAACACUGAGAUGCAUGAGGAGGUGCAAAGUCUCUUCAGCGAUUUGGAGAUGGCCUGGGAGGAAGGCAAGCAGCAAGCAACCACCUCAACUCAACUGAAUGGUUUUGCGGGGAUUGAACCAGAUCAAUCCCCUCUGCUUAGUAAAAACUAUAAACCAAGUGUUCUGUUUUUGAUGGAGACUAAAGCUGUAAACUCUACUAUGUCAGCUUGGUUUCAGUCCACUGGUUUUCAGAAUUGUUGCAUAGUAGACCCAAUUGGCAGUAGUGGGGGCCUGGGUCUCUUUUGGAUAGCUAAUCUUACACUAGCAGUAGUCUACCAGGAUGCUAAUGUGAUUGUUACAAAGGUCACUGAGGCAAAUGGUUUAAUCUGGAUGGCCAUUUUUGUGUAUGGUCCUCCUGCUAGGCAGGAGAGAACAUCAUUUUGGUCUAGCCUGAAUGGAAUCAUCCAAGAUUAUUGUUAUCCUAGUAUUAUAUUAGGUGAUUUUAAACAGGUCACUGAACAGGAGGACAAACAUGGAGGUCGUCCUGUCAGCAUGCAGGAAACCAGACCCAUUCAACACUUCCUUUCUGCGAAUGAUUUGGAAGAGCUCAAGCACCUCGGUUGCUGGUACACUUGGACAAACAAACGCCAAGGUUCGGAUGCUAUUUUUGAACGUUUGGAUAGAGCUUUUGUUAACAAAUUGUGGUUUCAAACCUUUAGGCAUGCCAUUAUCCGAAACCUUCCUAUUGUAAGCUCUGACCAUGGCCCUAUAUUGGUAGAUAUUCGCCAGAAACAUAGGCCACACAGAAAACCUAAAUUUGAACAAUUCUGGACAGCUUGUCCUAGUUCAGUUCCAUAG